AUGUCGCAGACUGGCCUGACAAACGCUCAAAUUACCACACUUGAGGUCAAACUUCUCCUGGCAAAAAUAAAUGGAAUUAUAUAAAUUUUCAGAACUACGUACAGUCCUUCAAGGUCAUCGACCUUCAGGUGGGAACAAGUAUUUAUUUUAAUCACGAGAAAAGUUUUUUUUAGAAAAUACUUGAAGCUUGUAACUGCCCAAAGGUCGGCAAAAAAGCGGAGCUCAUCCAUCGGGUGACGUCAUUAUUGAGAACUCAAAACCAGAGUUUCGUUGCCGAACGGGUUCGUGGAAAUGGAGCGGAUUAAAGUUUUGCUAGGAGUUUGCUUUCUUAAGAGAAAAGAAAGAUUGAAAAAGAAAAGUGUGUAAUAUUUAAAACCGUAUAAAUUAGUCAUCAAGCGAUUCGUGUAUCUAUAGUCGAGUUUUGUUCACCAUUUUUUUCCGUUUUUUUCUCCAUAGCGUCAUCACGUUCUUAGAGUAAGAUAUUAUCUCGGUCUUCAUUUUUCAGUAUUGCUCGGUAAGAUUUGUAUAGUCUGUUCAGAUUUUGAAUGUCAAGUAGAAUGACGUCAUGCGAAAACGCUCUGUGGAUGGCUUGUUCUCUGAUUGGUUUAUCGCGCCAUUAGGGGGGCGGAUCUUCAGCGAGGACUUGGCCUCGGCGUUCCCAAACGGGGUGGCAAGACGUCAAAAAAAUUUUAGCGCGAAAUUUGAAAUCUACAGUACUUCAGCCGAAGGCGAUCGAACAAACAAGUUAUUAACGUUGAAUAUUCAGUGUAAUUGUGACGUAAUUUUAUCCGUAGCGCACACUAAAUUUUUUCUGUAAAUUCAGAAACUUUGACGCCUCGCUCACCUUCCCUCACCUCCAUUAGGAAUGCUGUGUUGGCAUUUGAAAUCUGAACAGACUAUGUCCUGUUCGAAUUGCUCUUUAAUCGAAGUUCAAUGCAAUAAAAAUGAGUAUUGUGUUAAAAAAAAGGUUUUUACGCGUUGGAAGUAAUUACCGAGUUUAAAACUUCAAAAUAAGGUAAUAAGUGCCCUACAGUGGACACUCUACGCGCAAAUCAUUUUGUGCGCAACUUUUUCUUGCAACGUGUGCUCACGCGUUUUUUUUUUUCAAAAAUAUUCCUACUAUUUGGCGGUUCAUUUUACUUUUGAAUGUUCAGAAAUUUUCAAAAUGUGAGUUUUUUAAAAUGAUAAUCUUCAUUUCGUGUGUAAAGUAACUUCCGCGAAAUUCAAAAUUAUCUCUGACUCUCCAAAUUUUUGUUAUUUUUCCCACUCUCGGACAGCAUCAGUUUAGGGAAAAGUUUUGCAUACAUUGUUUGUAUUUGGGACUUUAAUGAAAUAUAAAUAUUUUAACGUAAUUUUUAAUAAUUUUUUGUUUGAAGAUCGAAAUGACUCGACGCGGUGGUUUGCCGUCGAAUCGUUCUGCGCCCUACAACAUUCCAAACAAUAAUCAACGUGGAUACAUGGGGUCAUUCAUUUUUAUUUUUUUUUUCAUUCUUUAUUUUCGAUUAAUACAUACUAGUUCAGUUGGUUUCAAUGUUAUUUGUGUUAUUUUAGGGCCGUGAAUCAUCAGAUGCGUUAUCCACCUGCAUAUGGCGCCCCAACCAAUGGGGCGGUUUACGGCGGCGGCGCCACAAUGCAUUCUGGACAGGCUCUGGCGGUUCGAAAUUUUUUUACUUCAAAAUUUGAGAACAAAAAUUGAAUCGAAUCAAUAAUAAAAGUAGAAAAAAUUGAAUUCAGUAACUUUCUUCCAUUUUUCUUCUCGUAAUUAUUUUUCAGGUUGAAAGUACAGACUUUUUCUCUAUAAAAAGCUGAUAAUUUUAGAUCUAUGAAGGGGAAAAAUUUGUCUCCAUUGUGAUUUAUGUUCGAGAAGUUUUGUAUAAAUUCGAAAAGUUUUUCUGUUAUAUUCCCAAUUUUCUAAUAAUCAGUAGAAUGUUUUGAAAAAUGUCUUUUUUUUUAAAGAGUGGCCGACUGAAUCCAGUACAAAACCUGAAGCCGAUACCCCUGCCGUUCUACGAUCCCGUCGAUACGAUCCAGCCUCUGUUGGAGCUUCCGGCCGUUCAAAGUGGCAUAAAAAGCACGCAAAGAGUCAGUAAAUUGUCGUAUAAUGCAUUGGUUUGGGUAUUACGAAUGGAAAAUCGCCAAAAAACUAGGACAAGUGCACAGUUUUUGUUGGAAAUUCGUCCUCGAAAACGAUUUUCUUUAUUCUUUCUAAUUGCAGCAAACCGUGACGUUUUCUCUCACGGCUGCAAUGUGCCAACAGUUGGCGCAGAGAGAUAAGCCCAUCCCACGUCAUGAGCUUCAGUUGAGGUCGGAUUUUAAUCUGAAUAAUGACUUUAUGAGUUAGUAAUUGCAGCAAAAGUAACCAGUUUUUCUAUAUUUUCACAAAAAUAAUGACGGAAAAGAACUAUUAUGUGCUUUUGAUAAAUUAAAAAAAGACAUUAAUGUAUUUCCAAUUAUUUUUGAACAGAGUUUAAUUUUAAUAAAUUUAUAAAUAAUUUGAAUGAAAUCGUCUGCAGAUUCUUCAAUCUCUCCGUCGACUACACAAAAAGGACCGCAAAUGGAUGAUUUUCCGCUCAAUGCAUCUGUUCGCGUUGAUGAAAAUAUAGUCACUUUGCCGGUUGGUUUCGGAGCAAAAAAAAGAUUUUUUUUGAGUUAUGAGGAGAAAAAAAAGGUUUGCUGAUUAAUUUUGGAACUGAGCAAUAAUUUCGUCAAGUUUCAUGGCUUUGAAAAGUUCAUUUUGCUACUUCUGUUCGAAUCUUUUCCGAUGAUUUUCUGAAAACACAAGCCGUAUAUCGAGUAUGUGUUGUUUUUUGAUAUUUUCUAGAAGUUCGAAACAAACCGAACACUUUUUUUUCCCGAAGUUAUAUGUUUCAAAAUAUACUCAUAUGUUAUGCCAUAAUAAGAAAUUUGAGUGAAAUCGAGAAAAAAAGAAGAAUCGUAGUAUUUUUGAUGUAAGAUAGAGGAAAUAAGUUGGGAGCUAGUAGAAAAGAAUAUUCCUUUGAACCUUUUUUGAGUCGUUUCAUGACUUCUGAGCUCUAAGGUGUUCGUUUCAAUCUCAAAGAAUUUUUUCAGAACGUCAUACCGACGAAUAAGCCAAAUGCGGAGCCGAAAAGGCCGUCCCGGCCCGUCAACCUCUCGACGUACUGCAUGCGACCCGAUCCCGCCAAAACCUAUCGUUUGACAAUUGAAUGGAUGGGAGACCGUCGCGCCUGGGCUUUCGGCAUUUAUUAUGUUCGUUUUAGAACUGCCAUGGUGGUUUUCGUGAUGAAACCGUUGGAAAGAAGAACGCAAUACGGAUAGGCUCGCAAGCUUUUCAAUAUUUUAUGUUGUUUCCAGUGCUUUUGAAGUUAUACCCUGACUUUCCAGAAUUUAGUUUUCUUUUUCCGAAGGUUGUUUUGAGUUUCCAGGCAUUAACAGUCCUUGAAACAUUUUUUUAGUCAAAGCUUGGUAUUGUGGUGUUAAUGUAUAGAAAAAAAAACAGUGAAAUAAAAAAAAAAACAGUAAACUAUAUCACAAUAUUUUACCAGUAUUUGAAAACUCACGGAAUUUUUGCUACUUUUUUUUUAGACAAAACUUGACACUUUGGCGAAAAUAAAUUACAGGAAACAAAAAUUACACGCAACUGUCCUUAUAUAAAAGGUUUUUUUUAGGUGUUUCGCGUAAACUCGGAUAUUCUGAGGGAUCGUGCGAUAAAGGAUGUUAAACAUAAGCAGGUUAUUUUUUUCUGCAUUUGUAAAUAGAUAGUAUUUAUCAUUUUAAGUCUUCUGAUGCGACCAAAAAAGAGAUUUCAAAACGGUUGGGCGGCUCUGAUGACGACGACGAUGGGCCAAUUAUGGACCAUUUGAAGAUCAGUCUCCUUUGUCCGGUUGGAAAAGAAAAGCAACUUCUGAAAACGGGACGUUUUGCAGCUCUCGAAAACGCGGAUGGAGCUGCCGGCCCGUUGUCGCGACUGUACCCAUCUUCAGUGCUUCGACCUCAACAUGUACCUGCAGAUGAACGAGAAACGGCCAACCUGGAAAUGCGCCGUUUGCUCCCAAACGGCGGCCUACGAUCGGCUGAUCAUUGACGAGUCAGUGGGAGUUCCUGUAAUCUGUCCAAAUUUCGAAUUUAAAGCGGCUGAAUACUUUCUCGAGGCUACUGUAGCUUUCGCAUCGAUGUUUUAUAGUGACGAUGAUCCUUUAACAGCGCUGCAUUCUUCGACGUUUUUUCGAGCUGUUGGAACAAAAAAGAAAAAUAAGUGCUAUUAAAUGAUCAUCGUCCCAUGGGUUUAUUAUUAUUAUUUUUUUUACUUACUCACUUAGAUACUUAGAUGGUUAGGCGCAGACUUUUUCUGCGCCAUUUGGGUUUAGGCUAGGUUGGAAAAAAAAAAUGAGCGUUCCAUAUUCACUUUCGACCUUUUAUUGAUCGAAGCGUGGACUACACGUUUUCCAGGAGGUCCGGCUUUUUGCAAUCGGUCAUCCAGUGUUGUCCUGGUUGACUGGUAUUCUUGCGAAAAAGUUCCAUCCAUGAUGUUAAACGUGUCAUGGCAUAAUUGUGGUCUGAUUAUCCUUUUUGCCUUGCCAGGGCCAAAAAGACCGCCUUUUCUGUUAGCCGAACUGCGUGACCGAUGGACCGUUAGCCGCCAUAAAUGGCGUUGCCUCCCCAUCACCGCGUAGAGGUGGUACUUGAAGUUUUUGAUUUAACGGCUGAAAAAUCGAAUAGUUGAGCUCUAUUAAAGGACCGCUGGGCAAUAAAGUAUCGAAACGAAAGAUACUGUAGCCACGGGAGCGGAGAGACCCGCUUGAAAUUUAAAAUCUGAACAGAGUAUAACACAAGCUUUGGAUUACCAAACAGUUCUCGGAAAAAAAAACCUUAAAAAACCUCUCCACGUUCUACGAACUGUCUAAGGACCUUGUUUUUUUUUGUCUUUUUUCUUUUUCCAGGUUUUUAGUCAGUAUGCCGAACGUGGAGAGUUUGAUGCAUUUUUUUUCAUGAGACGUUUCCGAAAUGUCCCUAUCCGCGUUUUUUUUUCGAGAACUUUUUCCGCUGUUCAAUUUAUUUUUAUGAGCUGGUGUGUUUCCACUGUUUCCUUAAGUUAUAAUUUAUUAAAAGGUAGUUUUUUUAAUCAGAUUGAAGAAAAAAACGCCUGGCCAGAGAAUGCGAGCACACGAAGUGGGAAACUCAGAUUGCGGACUUUAACAUUCAGCAGUUUUCAAGAUUGGAAAACAGACUUUUCUCUUAGCUUGCGGUGGAUUUGAAAAAGAAAACGAAUAAAUAGAAGUAAAAGUAGAAAGCUAGGUGGUAAAAAGCUUGCUGAUGACUUUCUGAUCGUUUUUUUUUUGCGGAGUUUUAUGCGAUUGAAUACUCACAAGAACGAAUAAAAAAAGUUCAACAAUUUUUUUAUAGAAAAAAAGUUUUAAGAUGAAAUUUAUGCUUACUGGGGUUUUUUUUCUUCCAGUUCUCAGUGAAUUGUGCAAUUAUUUUUUAAUUGUUAUUUUUUUUUAGUAAAAAUUAAAAAAAUUUUUGUUUUCUAAAGUCUGGGACACCAAGUUUCAAAAAAUUGUUUCCAGUAAAUUUUUUAUAUUAUCGGUCCCUUUCGCUGCUUGUUUCGAUGUUCCUGACGGACUAUGGCCAUUUAACGGCUAUUUGUAGAUCAAACGAACCGAAAAUAACCUUCACAUGUCUAUCGGUCGCUGAUAAGCUUUUCCUGUCUCAUCAUUUUGAUCUACCGUACGCUCUUUGGUUUCGAUCAGAAGUGAACUCGUGACGUCAUCAGUCUUUGAACCGUCCUUAUCGGCUGGGAAAAUGAGCCCCAAAGGCGGCGAUUUUUGGAGUUUGGCUGGUUUUGUAGUCUCAAUGAAAGAUGAAGGAGUACGUUAAGAAGUCCAAUGUGAAAAAUUUAAAAAAAAAAUGAAUUUUUUUUUUAGCGAUUUUGAAUAAAAUCUAUCUUAAAUUUUAUUUUAUCUUUUUUCACAGUUUUUCCUUGAAUUAUGAGAUAUUUACAGAAGUAGUAAAAUACCAAGUCGCGUCAAUAAUACCUGAAAAUACUUAUUUUCCUAUUUUUUGUUAUAUUUUCUCACAUUAACUGAUGGCAAGCAGCUUGCCUCUUCUCUUCUGGUGUUAUGAGAAUAGUUCUUGGUUUUUCACAGUUUUUCUCUAAAUUUUUAAAUUAAGGACUGAAGGAAAUUCUAAUUUUGUGUAUUAAAUUGAAAACUCAAAUUUUUAAGCUAUUUAACUUCAACAUGUGAAGAUAAUCCGGAGCGAAAUUCAGAAAGAUAUUUUUUUAAGAUACUUUUCGGACGUGCUGAAGGCGGUGCACAGCUCGACAUCGGAAGUGGAGCUGAAGAAGGACGGCAGCUACGAAGUUUGCAAGGUCGAAUCCGCCUCCGACGACGACGACGACAAUGAUGACGGCAACUCGAGGCCGACUUCCCGUAAUCCGAAUGUGUCCAAUUCUGGCGGUCCUUCGACGUCUUCGGCGGUUCAAGACAUCAUCGGUAGUUCUCAUCUGAAGAUGCAGAAUAUAAAUCUUUUCUUUCAGUUCUUUCCGAUUCGGACGACGAUGAUGUUCGUGAGGCAGUGAGACAAUCUGUCGGUAACGAAACGGCAGAGGCUGUGAAGAGGUCGGCGAGCGACCAGCGCGAAGGCUCCUCGACGUCUUCAGCGGCCGACCGCGCCAAAAAGAAACGGCCCGCCGUGACGAACAACAAGCCUCGCGUUCAAGAGUUCGACGUCAUCACGCUUGACGAUUCGCCGCCGCGACCACCACCUGCGUCGCGGAUCGAGGCGCGCGCUGCGACUUAUUCGAAUGAAGCAAAUGGACGGGUCGGGUCAACCGAUGGGCCGAGGUCCGCUGGAUCGGCUCCUGCUGUCAGUCUUCCGAACAUGGUUUUUAGUGAAGAAAAAAAUAUGCUUUCAAGGCCUACUAGAUGAGAAAACCUUCAAAAUUAGCAUGGUGAAGCAAGAAAUAUAGUGUAGAUCAACAUAUUUUUGAAAAAAAAAACGGGAAAUUAUUUCACUCAUCGCUCCUCAAAAAAAUUAUUUUCUUUAAAAAGCAUACGACCAAAAUUAACCAGCGAGUGUGCGAAAAUAAGAGGUAUAGAAGAUUCCUAAAAAUUUCGUAUAAUGAUAGUUGAUGAGAUCAAAGCUGGCCGUGUUUUUUAGCAUUUUUUUGUUCAUGUCGAUCAUCCUCAAUUUUCACUCACAAAUUUGAAGAAGAGAGUGAAUUUCUCAUCUCGAAGAAGCUUUUCAAUUCCAAAGUCGUUUUAUUACAAAUAUUACUAGGAACGCUUUUGGAACAUAUGACUGAAACAUAAAUUUAUUGAUUGAGUUUUGAGUUGCAGGGAACCAUGUCGAACUCCUCAUCGACGAGCAACAUUCGCGAAGCUCUCGACGGCCUUCAUGCGUCGGACCCUCAGCGACAUAUCCAACAGGCGCAGAUUCAGCAGAUGCAACGUGCCGCCUACCCACAGCAGAUGAUGAACCAGGCUUAUCCGGGCGAAAUGGUGGGUGGUGGUGUUGAUAGUCGGAUUCAUGCGUGAACUGUGGACUGGCGCUGUGAACUGGCACCUCAAGACGUACUUUAACAUUUUGCUGCCGCAUGUUCUUCUUCGCUCUCUCUCACUGCGCUUUUUUGCCCUGUGCGGACCUCUGUUGCGUUUUCAAUUGGUUAUCAUUGCUGAUGGUAGGACAUGAAACAGUGUGAACUCUAAACAGUUCUCUUCGAUGAACAAUUGUAGAAAGGACAUGAUAUAAGUUCAAACCUAUUGAGUUUUUGAGAAAGAAAUAAGAAGUACUCGUUUAAACGUUGACUAACUAGUAAACUGAUAUUUGGAGGUUAGACAAAUGAAAUCACCCCAAAAAUGUUUUCAGCGCGACCCAACGGAAGCCUUCUUCGGCUGGUACCCGACGCAGCAGGGCCAAUUCGUCGGCGGUCAGGCGACCGCGGCGAUGGCCAACAUGCCCUACGCGUACGGCGUCGUCUCAUCCCAGCAACUCAUGCAGCAGAUGACAAUGCCGCCGCCCCCCAACUCCCAGAACCGCCCGCCGAUGCCCGCCAACGGUACCGCAGAGGCCGCCGCCGAACAGUUCUUCCGCAACCAGCGACAGAACGGCAUGCAGCAAAGUUGGUGACUUUUCGUCUCACUGAAAAGUUCCGCCGGGGGCCUGAUUUUGAGAUGCAUUUUGGAUCGAUAAUGGUGUAAUUUUUCAAAAUUUAACUGCAAAAACCUUCUUUCGAGAAUUAUAAAUUUUUUAGAAAAAAAAAAUCUGUAUUGAUAGGAACAAUCUUUAGAAAAAGGCCGAUAUAUAAAAUAUUCUUAACUAAAUGAAAUGGUCCAGAACAAGUACAAAAGAGAAUAGGGAAACGAGACACGCAGACAGAGAGAGGGAAAUUCAUCUGAAUCCUGAAUAUCUUUUUUAUGCUAAUAAGCCAUUCUUAUCUUUAGCGUGUGAAAAAUGGAAGUGUUUGAAUAUUUGAAAAGAGAGUAAUCAGAAUGUGUACCUUACUCUUUAAUUGUGGUUUCACGAAAAAAGGUUUUUCUUCUUCAAGAACAAACUGAGUUUUGCUAGUAUUUUGCAUUCUUAUCAAUCCAGAAUCACUCAGAAUCGGCCCUUAAGAAAAUUUGAAAAAAAAAACAGCGAAAAAGUGAUUAAUUCCAAGUGAAAAUUAAAAAGUUCGAGGUGAGAAUUGUAUCAAACAACGAACGUUUUAAGAGAAGCGAUCAUGAGGAUUUUGUACCAAAUCAAUCGCACAAUAAUCAAACAUUUAUACACUCACUCACCACAAUCUGGCAGUUUGGGGACGAUUUUCAAUAUUCGUUUUCUUCCACUGAUUUUAUUUCGUUUAUGAACGAUGUUUUCUUGCAUGAUUCACACUGCACAUCUCGCAUUUCUAUCAUGUUUUCGUGGUUGUCUCGGGUUUCGCAAAAAGACGAGGGAAGUGUGAAAAAAUGGCUGCUAUUUGGAGGCUGCUCUGCAGAUAACUUUCAAAACUUUCUGCAGAAGAAACGCGGAAAGUUAAGCUUCGUUUUUUUUUUGAGUUGCGCUUUAUGGAAAAUGCUGUUUUAGAAUUGUUACAUGGACAACACAAGUCAUUUUAGAUCAGAUUGGAUGGUAAUUUUUUAAAUUCAAAGCGCUCCCUUGAUUAUUCCCUCAUUAGGUGCUCAAAUUUCGCUCCACGGAGAAUCGCGGCGGCCGUUUUUUCCAUUUCUCACGGCUUCACCUUCUCUUCAUUCCCGUGCGUGUCUUGACUACUUUGAAAACCUAUUCUCCCCUGUCAAUAACAUCCUUUGACCGUUUUCAAUGGUUUUUAUUGAUUACUUGUUCCACUUGUUUGUUGCCAUUAAUUUUCUUCUUUUUUCUUCAAAAAAAAAGCUUUCAUUUCGUCUUCAACCCGUCAGUACUUCGGUACUCAAAAAAACUUUUCAUGUGCUUUUAUAAAAAUAAUAAGUUGUUAGGGUCGAACCGACUUUUCUAACUUCUUGUCUCAUUUUUUUUCGUAGUGUUGUUUUCUUCUUCGUAAGAAUGAUUUUCACUGUUUUCUGUGUACCUUUUAUUGAUUAAAUAAAUAAACUUUGUAACUUUCAUGCGAGAUUAGGCAGAAAAAUGUUAUGUAUUUUCAAUUUUAUGAAAGAAGAAGCAUAGGGGAACAGCCGAUAAGAAGACGCAGAAAAAAAAAAAGAAUUUCUGAUCUUGAAAUGAACACUUGAAAUGAAAUGAAUGAAUCUCUUUACGGCCCUGCUCAUCUCUCACACUGACUGCAGUUUCAUUUUCAAGAAGCAAGACUAGAGAAAAUAUGAAAGGCAGAAGCAAUGGGAGGCUUAGAUGAUGUCAUCAAAAAAAGUAGAACGUCUUUACUUACCGGAAAAUUGGAGUCGAACGGUGAAAUCUGCUUAAAAAUAAUGAAGUCAUCAGGGCUUAUGACGUCACUUGUAUAUGAGAUUUUUUUUGUAAGCACCUUAAAAGAUGGUUAACUCUUAUUGGCUAGCCACGCCUUUUUUAUUGGCUCCUUGAUCUCUCAAGAAGUGACAAGACAUUUUGUGACGUCAAUUUGGUUUCAAAACUUGACGUCAUAAAACCGAAUCUAAAUUUCUUUUGCAGACGGCGGUGGUGGUGGUGGUGGAAUGCGGGUCGAGGAGAUCGACAUGGACAUCGACUUGGAAUUCGAUUCGCUGGGGCCUCCGCUGUCGGCGAAUUCAAGCACGACAGAAAAUGCGAUUCCUGACUCGCAGGACUUGCGAUUUGCGACGAUACUCAAUGCGAUGUCGACGACCAACGGCGAAGCGCCGCCUCCUGAUCCGGUGACGUCAUCUCGCGGUGAUAUGUGA